AUGCGAUUCCAGAAAAUUGCGGAACCAGCCCCGUCAUCCCGGCAGAAGCGUCCGAAUAAGUUCCUGGGGAAAACUGGGACAGACACCCGAAGGCAAACAUGGGGCGGGGAGCAGCCGGAGCAAGAGACCAUGGAGGCAGCUGCGGAAGAGGAGAGCAAAGAAGGAGGGGAUCAGAAGGCCACGGAGCAGCUGACGAGGACCCUGCGCGGGGUCAUGCGCGUGGGGCUGGUGGCCAAAGGCCUCUUGCUGAAGGGCGACCUGGACCUUGAGCUAGUUCUCCUGUGCAAAGACAAGCCCACGGCGGAUCUCCUGGAGAAAGUGGCUGACAACCUCGGGGUACAGCUUGCUGCUAUUACAGAAGACAAAUACGAAAUAAUCCAGUCAGUUGGUGACGCUGCAAUUAUAAUUAAAAACACAAAAGAGCCUUCGUUGACACUGACCAUCCAUUUGACGUCGCCUGUUGUCAGGGAGGAAAUGGAGAAACAGUUAGCUGGAGAAACGCUAUCAGUCACCGACUCCCCGGACGUUCUGGACAGGCAGAAAUGCCUUGCUGCCUUGGCGUCACUCCGACACGCCAAGUGGUUCCAGGCCAGGGCUAACGGGCUGAAGUCGUGUGUCAUAGUGAUCCGGGUUCUGAGAGACCUGUGUACUCGGGUCCCCACUUGGGCGCCGCUCCGAGGAUGGCCUCUAGAGCUGCUGUGUGAAAAAUCUAUCGGCACCGCAAACAGACCCAUGGGAGCCGGCGAGGCCCUGAGGAGGGUCCUCGAGUGCCUCGCGUCGGGAAUCGUGAUGCCAGAUGGUUCUGGUAUUUAUGAUCCUUGUGAAAAAGAAGCCACUGAUGCUAUUGGGCAUCUAGACAGACAACAAAGGGAAGAUAUCACACAGAGUGCUCAGCAUGCUCUGAGACUUGCUGCUUUUGGCCAGCUUCACAAGGUCUUGGGGAUGGAUCCCCUCCCUUCCAAAAUGCCCAAGAAACCAAAGAACGAAAACCCUGUUGACUACACUGUCCAGAUUCCUCCCAGUACCACAUAUGCUGUUACCCCAAUGAAGCGUCCUAUGGAGGAGGAUGGAGAGGAGAAAUCUCCCAGCAAAAAGAAAAAGAAGAUUCAGAAAAAAGAGGAAAAACUUGAACCUCCCCAGGCCAUGAAUGCACUGAUGAAACUAAACCAGCUCAAACCUGGGCUCCAGUACAAACUCGUGUCUCAGACUGGCCCUGUCCAUGCCCCUAUUUUUACGAUGUCUGUGGAAAUCGAUGGCAGCACGUUUGAGGCCUCAGGACCUUCCAAAAAGACAGCCAAAUUGCACGUGGCGGUGAAGGUGUUGCAAGAUAUGGGUUUGCCCACGGGAGUGGAGGGCAAAGAGUCCGUGAAGGGGGAUGAAUCGGCGGAGGAAACGGAACAGAAACCGGUUGUUGUCGCUCCUCCUCCCGUAGUGGAAACUGUCUCCACACCUAGUGCUGCUUCUCCUCCCUCGGAUCAAACCUCAGAGAAUGUGAAGCAACAGGGACCAAUCCUGACGAAACACGGCAAGAAUCCGGUCAUGGAGCUCAACGAGAAGCGGCGCGGGCUGAAAUACGAACUCAUCUCCGAAACGGGCGGCAGUCACGACAAGCGCUUUGUCAUGGAGGUGGAGGUUGAUGGGCAGAAAUUCCAAGGAGCGGGAUCGAAUAAAAAGGUGGCAAAAGCCUACGCUGCCCUGGCUGCCCUGGAGAAGCUGUUUCCUGAUGCCCCCGUUGCCAUUGAGCAAAACAAGAAGAAAAGAGCCCCCGUGCCUGCCAGGGGAGGACCCAAGUUUGCAGUAAAACAGCACAACCCGGGAUUCGGGAUGGGAGGCCCCAUGCCAAAAACACCCCCCGCGCCCCAAAAUUCACCCGCCUCCUCCAGUGCUGGAUAUGGAAACUAUGGGUACGGAGGAAAUUCCGCGACGGCAGGCUAUAGCCAGUUCUACAGCAACGGCGGCCACUCCAACUCCGGCGGCGGCGGCGACGGCUCCUCCUACCAGGGCGGCGACAACUACAACUCCCCGGUGCCCCCGAAACACAAGAAGCAGCAACACGGGGGGCAGCAGAAACCCUCGUACGGCUCCGGCUACCAGUCCCACCAGGGGCAGCAGCAACAGUCGUACAACCAGAACCAAUACGGCAACUACGGCCCCCCCCAGGGCAAGCAGAAGGGCUACAACCACGGCCAGGGCAACUACUCCUCCUACUCCAACUCCUACAACUCGCCCGGCGGCGGCUCCGACUACAACUACGAGAGCAAAUUCAGUUACGGCGGCAGCAGCGGCCGCGGCGGCAACAGCUACUCCGGCGGCGCCUCCUACAACACGGGCUCGCACGGUGGCUAUGGGGGAGGCUCUGGGGGCGGAGGGUCCUCGUACCAAGGUAAGCAAGGCGGAUACUCCUCGCAAUCCAACUACAACUCGCCCGGCUCCGGCCAGAAUUACAGCGGUCCCCCCAGCUCCUACCAGGCUUCCCAAGGCGGCUACGGCAGGAACGACCACAGCAUGAACUACCAGUACAGAUAA